AUGCAGCCUACACCAGCCCCUACGACACCUCCUCAAUCACCUCCACCGGAUGAAUCACCUUUUCCACCUGCGCCACAAAAUAGCAGAGGGCCCAGUCCUCCCUUUGGCGCUCUUGUUGGACUGUUUGAGCGUUUGCAGAAUGAGAGGAAACAGGAUAAAAGAAAGAAGCUGCUCAAUGCUUGGUUUAAUCAUUGGAGAUCCGAAGUUGGAGAUGAUUUAUUCCCCGUCCUCCGAUUAAUUCUGCCCCAGAAAGACCGCGACCGAGCUAUCUAUGGUUUGAAGGAAAAAAAUCUCGCCAAGAUUUAUAUAAAGCUCAUUCCCUUAAACAAGAACCAUGAUGACGCCAAAAGACUAACAGACUGGAAGAAGCCACAGAACAAUAAAGCUUCUUCCGCAGGAGAUUUUCCAGGCAUCCUUUGGGAUGUUGUACAUAAACGAUCCUCAGUAGUCGAAGGAACCUUGAACAUUCAAGAGCUCAAUGACUUGCUCGACGAGUUGUCAAAUUCUAUGGGGAAGCAAGACGCACAAAUGAAAAUUCUUCAGCGUGUGUACAACCGUACUACGGCAGAGGAGCAAAGAUGGAUCAUUCGGGUCAUUUUGAAAGAUAUGAUCAUCUCGGUGAAGGAGACAACUGUUUUUUCAGUAUUUCACCCCGAUGCACAAGACUUGUACAAUGCGUGUUCCGACUUGAAGAAAGUUGCAUGGACGCUAUACGAUCUCAAUCACCGUCUCAAUGCCGAUGACAAGACGGUACGAUUAUUCCAGGCAUUCACACCUAUGCUCUGCAAACGCCCAACAAAAACUCUCGAGCAUACCGUCAAAGAGAUGGGUGGCACAGAGUUUUUGAUCGAAGAAAAACUUGAUGGUGAACGUAUGCAGAUACACAAGAGAGGCAACGAGUAUUUUUAUUGCUCUCGCAAGGGCAAGGAUUACACUUACUUGUACGGCAAACAUCGGGGAACGGGGAGUUUAACCCGUCACCUCAACGACGCGUUGGAUGACCGCGUUGAUAGCAUCAUCCUGGAUGGCGAAAUGCUCGUCUGGGAUCCAGUCUCGGAACGAAAUUUGCCCUUUGGGACCCUGAAAACCGCUGCACUGGACAGAUCCAAGAAGGAGAAUAAUCCUCGACCCUGCUUCAAAAUCUUCGAUAUGCUAUAUCUUAACGGACAGUCACUUCUGGAAAAAUCAACGACAUUCCGAAAGAAAAACAUGCGCGCAUGUUUGAAGGAGAUUCAGGGACGUGUCGAGUUCGCCACCGAAUACAAGGGCAAAACUUCCAAAGAUGUGAAAUCGAGGAUGGAGGAUGUUAUGGCUGCACGGGGUGAAGGGCUUGUUAUCAAGCAUCCACGAUCCAAGUACGUACUGAACGGUAGAAACUCUGAUUGGAUAAAAGUGAAACCCGAGUAUAUGGAAGGUAUGGGGGAGACGGUCGAUGUCCUGGUGGUUGCCGGGAAUUACGGUACUGGCUCACGCGCUGGAGGAGUCUCCACACUUAUUUGUGCUGUGAGAGAUGACAGGCGAGCAGAUGACGAAGAUGGAGCAGACCGGUACAGCACGUUUGUCCGUAUUGGGACUGGUUUGUCCUUUGCCGACUAUGCUUGGAUUCGUUCCAAGCCCUGGAAAGUCAGGGAUUCCAAGAACCCGCCUGAAUGGUUGCAGACUUCCAAGAAAUCCCAGGAAGACAAAGGAGACAUGUAUCUGGAACCAGACGAUUCAUUUAUCUUGAAAAUUAAAGCGGCCGAAAUAGUUCCUUCUGAGCAAUACCAUCUCGGCUACACGAUGCGUUUUCCUCGAGCGUUGAUCAUCAGAGACGAUCUCGACGCUUCGGAUACUUUGACUGCUUCCGAACUUUUGGAAUCUAUUCGUUCUGAGAAGAAACGUAAAAUGGAGGACACUACUGGCGUGGCCAAGAAGAAACGCAAAGCAGUAACGAAGAAGGUAGGUUUUCUUCCAACUUUUCAAGGUCCGAAAUUGAAGGAUGUCAACAUUUUGACCGACAUCUUCGAAGGUCUAACAUUUGUGGUUAUGACUGAUAAGCGGACGAAAGACACGGAGAAGAAUGAAUUAGUCAAAAUAAUUCAUGAAAAUGGUGGCAAGCGUGCGCAAAUUGCUGCGAACCAUGGGUCCCAGGACUUGAUAGUAGUGUACAAAGGACGUGAAGAUAGCAUCCCGCGUGAUGUGCAAGUGGUGAUGGAAAAGGGGGUAUACGACGUUGUGAAACCUGAAUGGAUUAUUGACUCUGUUACCCUCGGACACAGGGUACCCUCCAAGAGCAAAUAUUUCAUUGACGCUUCUAAGUCCGGUGUAGAGACGGAUGGGUAUAAAGCUGAUGAACCUGUGCAAGAUGAUCAGGACGAGGAUAUGCCCGAGGGAGAUGAGUCGAGCAGUACUGUCGUUCGCGCCGAGACCGAGGCUAGAUCGCAGACAGCAGCCACUGAGAUAAAAGAGGAGUAUGAGCAGGAUGAAAAACAUGCGGAUUGGUUUCACCUUGAUAUAACGGAUACUCAAAAUCUCGAAAUCGGGAAAGAGAGCGACUCCGAAACUGAGGAUGACUCUGACAACGCAGACGUUGCAGGCGAGGACAUUGCUGACGACAAUAUCGACGACUGGGACAAGUUGGAUGCCGACGACCUGCCUUCGGCCCCCCUUCCCAUGGAUGAGGAUAUUGAUGACCAGAAUAAUGUUCCAAUGGGGGAGGAUGACGGGGCCAUGGAGUACGACCCGGUCGUCAUAUUCAAACACCUGUGUUUUUAUCUUGAUUCUCCGCAGAACGCGGCACGACAAGGGAUGGCGGUCAAACCAAAAUACGAACAAGAAAUCAAUCAAAGUUUCGAUGUACUGAGAGAUGUAAUCAUAUCGCACGGAGGACGAAUCGUUAAUUGGGACGACCCCAAACUUACUCACAUCUUGAUCGACAAGAGGGAUACGAGUCGUCGUUUGGAACUUAUGAAGAGAACUUCAACCCCAAAACACCGGCGGCUGAUCGUCUCCGAUUAUAUCCAAGCUUGUGUUGAUGAGGCAACGCUUUUGAAUGAAGAAGGUGAGUGUGUGUUCACCAUCACCUCUUUUAGAGAUAUUCUUGAACUGACCGGGGAUCUGGCUAAACUUGUAGACUUUGUACCGUAG